GUUUCUUUAAAUAUUUGCAGAGUACAUGCGCGAGUAUGGCUUUGAUGGAUUCGACUUGGACUGGGAGUACCCGGGGGCGACGGACCGCGGAGGAGGAUUCAAAGACAAGGACAACUUCUACCACUUUGUGUAUGAAUUGCGACAGGCCUUUGACGCCGAGGGCGAAGGCUGGGAGAUCACUAUGGCUGUGCCUGUCGCCAAGUUCCGCCUCCAGGAAGGGUACCACGUCAAAGACCUUUGCGAGUUGGUCGACGCAGUACAUGCCAUGACGUACGACUUGCGUGGGAAUUGGGCGGGGUUCGCCGACGUUCACAGCCCGCUUUACAAACGACCUUUCGAUCAGUGGGCCUACGAGAGGCUCAACGUGGCGGAUGGAAUGACGUUGUGGGAGGAAAUGGGUUGCCCGAAGGACAAGCUCGUCGUGGGUGUGCCGUUCUACGGCCGAACAUACACCCUGGGCAGCAAGGACAACACUGCUCUCCGCGCCGGCAUCAAGAAGUGGGAAGGCGGCGGCCAACGAGGCGCCUACACCAACGCUACCGGCUUCACGGCCUACUACGAGAUUUGCGCGGCUGUGCAGAAUAAAGAAAGCGGAUGGACGAAGAAGUUCGACGACAUCGGGAAAUGUCCGUAUGCCUUCAAUGGCGACCAAUGGGUCGGUUACGAAGACGAAGAAAGUCUGCAAUACAAGAUGGAUUUCAUCAAAGAAAGCGGCUACGCUGGAGCAAUGGUGUGGGCCAUCGACAUGGACGAUUUCCACGGGAUUUGCGGGGAAAAGAACGCCUUGAUGAAGUUGCUGUACGACAAUUUGCGCGAUUUCUCUGUGCCGUCGGUUCCGCCACCUGCGCCCGACACCAGGCCGGAGUGGGCUAGGCCGCCAAAACCCGAAGUGGAUCCCAUCGAAACAAUUUCCUCCGCAUCAAAACCGAAGCCAUCAAGGCCAGAUUCGACACAGGUGAAAACCUCGUCGUCGGCUCCUCAAUCUACAACGACUGCGACAACGACACAAGAGACCAAGACAACAGUGACGACGACGACGACGACAAAGAAAAAGGAAACACCGACGACAACUGAAGCUUCCCCCGCAGAGAAACCCUUCGAAGGAAAAGCGCCAGAGAAUGAGAAACCGCCAGUUAUUUGCAAUUCCGACGGGUUCAUCGCUCAUCCUACCAACUGCUCUAAGUUCUUUCGCUGCACGGACAAUCAAUUAUGGGAAUUCUCGUGCCCAGACGGACUUGUGUGGGACCCAGAAAAAAACAACUGUGUUUGGGUCCGUGACACUUCCCGUGCCGAAUGUCGCGACGGUGACAGCAAAAGAACAGACUUGGGGUCUUCUCCAGCAUCAGCAGUGGCAGAAACACCAGAAAAGGAACCAUCAUCAUCAUCGUCGUCAACAUCAUCCACCACGACGACAUCAUCACCACUAGUGUCCCACGUCGUGUUUCCUGUAUUCCCUGCUCUGGUUUACGCCGUGUUUCCUUUGCCUGCCGCAGGGAACCCGUAUUACGUUCAGUCUCCGGCCCUCGGACCCAUAUUGCGGGCCCCACCUGGUUCUUAUCCCAUUUUAAACGACACCCCUGUCGAAUAACGACGACGACGACGACGAUGACGUGGGGAUACUUUUAUUUCUGUUUUCCCUCCUCCCUUUCACGACGCUUUGACGUAACGAAACUUGCGAGGGGAGAAUUUCCCGACGACGAAGACGGAAAUAACUUUUCUGUGGGUUUACGAGUGGCUCCUCUGAACCCUCGGGAACCCCAUGUAAAAAUACCUGGAACGGCCAUUAUUUUUUGUUUUCUUCGACAGCUGGAGGAACCCUCGAACAGUAUGUUCUCAAAACAUGGCUCCCCGCAGGAUUUUUGCAAAAUCGCGAAAAGGUUUCCCAUUUUGUGCAAACAGGUGACGAGAGAAAAUCACUGAUCAGAAACAUUCUGCUUAAUUUUCGCACCGCGUGAUCUUAAAAAAAAAAUAGCAACGAGAGCAAAUCACUCAUGAGAAGAAAAAUCGUGUAGCACGAAUUUUGCGUGCGGGAUUUUCUGACAGGAACGAAAAAAAAAAUAA